UUCGUCGUCGCCCCCCGGUAUCCACCCUCGCUCCCUCUCCUUGCCGCGCUGCCGACCUCCACCUCCUCGCCGCCGCUCCCUACUAGGCAAGCCGCAACCUGUCCGGAUUGAUCCUCUCAAGCGGACGGACGCCGGAAGAUCAGCCGCUGUCCUCGUUGUCUCCUCCGCCGGCACGACUCGCAGAAACUUUAGUCUUCAACUGUAAUAGCUAGCUAAUCUGGGCCCAAAUCCGACCGCCGGAGCACGGAUCCUUUUAGCUGACGCCGGGAGACCAACCAAUCGACCUCAGCCUAGCCGUGGCCCUCGUCGUCUCCUGUGCCGGCGAAGCUCGCAAGCAAAGCCGCGACCAGCAGCACGUCCACGGCGGGGCACGGUGAGUAUGACUAUCUGGGUCGUCAGGUAGUCCAUCGCUUCCGUCAGCCUAGCCCCUGUAUGGCUGUAUCAGCCGUACUAAUUCAGUGCAUCCGACUUCAGAAACUUUCCAUGGAAAAUGCCUGCAUGAACCUCAACCAAGUCGUACGCUCGGUGCGGCUGCUCAAGAUCGACGGGUUUAGCUUGACCGUGAGCCUGAGCUCUGAAUAUCGCUUCACAUCGAGAUGGAAUCUCGAUGGGUAUGAUUUGGAAGUUGGUAUCUAUCCUGCAGCCAACCCCUUAUAUCCAGAUGGCAACAAGUUUGUGUCUGUGAGACUUAUGUUUCUCAGUAAAGCCCGCACAGAGUGUGGUGUGCCAGUGAGCCUAGCCUGUCAGCUGGUAGAUCCGAGUGGGGUGCUUGAACCAUUUAAAGAGGAUGGUGUGUCGGAGACCUUCUUUGCACCCCACUACUUCAAAGAACUCUUAUUGGUGAAUAGGAAGUCCAUACCAUCUGCUUAUCUCCGGGAUGAUUCUCUGACUCUGCGAUGCGCCAUCACAAUGCUCAAGGAAUUACCAGUACAAACCAUCCCAGCUGAAGAGGCGAUCACUGUACCACCCACCAACUUGCACCAGCACCUCGGCGAGCUCCUAGAGAGCGAGACGGGAGCCGAUGUCACCUUUCUCGUGUGCGACGAGUCGUUUGCUGCACACAAGGACAUACUUGCCGCAAGGUCUCCGGUUUUCAAGGCCCAGUUCUUUGGAGACAUGAAGGAGAAGUGCUCGCAACGUGUGGAGGUGAAGGACAUGGAGGUGGCAGCAUUCAGGGCCAUGCUGCACUUCAUCUACACCGACACGGUGCCCGAGCUUGAUCAACCGCUCGAGUUGGUGGCCACGCUCGCUCAGCAUCUGCUUGCGGCUGCUGACUGGUACGGUCUCGAUAGGCUCAAGCUGAUUUGUGAAAUGAAGCUCUCUAGUGGCAUCACUGUCGACACCGCAGCGACAACUCUUGCUUUGGCGGAGCAGCACAAUUGCUCGAAGCUCAAGGCCAAAUGUGUCGAGUUCAUCGUCAGCACUCCUGCAAGUCUUGAUGAUGUGUUGGCGAUGGAGGGGUAUAGGCACCUGGAGGCAAGCUGCCCUUCGGUCUUGACUGAGCUUCUCAAGUCUGUCCAUGGGAGGAAGUGCUGAAGUGUAGCCAUAUAGCUAGACUUCCAGGAUCUGACAAUGCGUGUAGUCUCUGUUUGUGCUUGUGAGAAAUGAUUAAUGCAUACUAGAAACUUGUGUUUUUAGGGAAUUACUAGAAACUUGUGUUUGUAUUUACCUAAUAUGGAAAACUUAUGUCCUGUUAUUAGCAACGUAAUGCUUUCAUCCGCC